AAAAAAAAAAGGAAAGAAAAAGAAAACAGCACUGAACGUAAACGCAGUGUUCUUCUUCCUCGCCUCAACUUGACGGCUUCUCACAGCAACCAGAGAACAAACAUCUCAUCCAUUUUUUUUUGCAUCUCAAACUCAAUUCAUCAACUUCGCAUUUUCCUUUUGAUCCCUUCUUUCAACCAAAUUAGGGUUUAUCUAGUACCUCAAACCACUAUGCUAAACCUAAAUUCACGACUAACUAAAGCAGCAAUUUCAAUUGCUAAAAGCCUCUCCACAAGGGAUUAUACAUCCAUAUGUAGAGCAGGUUAUACUCGUAGCACCCGAAAUUGUUGCCUCCAACCUUCGUUUCAACAAAAUUUAUUGACCAAUUUAUACAAGGGAGCCAUGUUUGAAAAGUAUAAGUUUCUGUCAACAACGGCAUCUAACAACACCGCUGAGGGUGGGAGUGAAGAAAAGGAAACGAUAUCUGUGACUUUUGUGGAUAAAGAUGGUGAGGAACAUCUUAUAAAAGUUCCUAUUGGAAUGUCUAUGCUAGAAGCUGCUCAUGAAAACGACAUUGAACUUGAAGGAGCAUGUGAGGGCUCACUUGCGUGUUCAACUUGCCAUGUUAUAGUCAUGGAUGUAGAAUAUUAUAAUAAAUUAGAAGAUCCUACUGACGAGGAAAAUGACAUGUUGGAUCUAGCUUUUGGGCUUUGUGAAACAUCUCGUCUCGGUUGCCAAGUGAUUGCAACACCUGAACUUGAUGGAGUUCGUUUAGCUCUUCCUGCUGCCACUCGGAAUUUCGCCGUUGAUGGUUACGUGCCAAAACCACACUAGUUGUCACAUGAAUUUUUUGGGUCCAAUGCAAAGAAUGCAAUUAUCUCAGUUUUGUAGCUUCACACCGAGUUAGAUAAAUGGUCAUUUAUUUAUCUUAGGCAUUUUUUGUUACUGAGUUUAGUCGUGAUCAACGAGCUCCUCUGUAUGCCAGACCAAAGAGACCGUGCUGGAAUUUCAUCAGGCUACGAUUGCUUGCCAAUAAAAUGCUUGUACUGUAUUAUUUUAUUGUAGUACCAGUGAAUUCUGUCUUAACACUUAAUAUAGCUCUAAAUAAAUUACAAAAACACCAACCAACCCUAUCCCAUUAAGUGGAUAUGCUACUUGGAUUAAAUUA